AUGGCAAGCAGCUCUGAGGCUCCUAAGCCUGAGGAGCCAGGGGCCGAGGAGCCCAAGGCUUCGGAGGAGCCCAAGGCUGAGGAGUCCACGGAGGAGCCCAAGGCCGAGGAGCCAACGCCCGACCCUGCGCCGAAAGCAGGCCGGACCUUCAGCCAGAGGGAGCUCUACCAGGCCGGCCGACGGAUCAACGACAACACCGGCAAGGUCAAGCAGGGCUUGGGAGCAACCUUGGCGCUUGGUGGGACAGGGAUCCUUGUGUGGCAUCACUGGGCCGCCUUCGCCAGCUUCAACUGCCUCGGAGCUGGGCUCCUGGCCCUUGGAGCGGCCAUCGCGCGCACAGGGACUUCGCGGGGUGAGAAAGCUGGUGAGGCACACUUCAAGCUUCGCCUCCUCAACAAUUCAGACAGAUGGAAGGCUGAUGCCAAGGCUCUGGACACCUUGCUGGGCACGGACACCUUUCAGCAGAAAGACCUUGCGAAGGCUGCCGCAGAGGCUGAGAAGAAGGAGCAGCAGCUCCUGAAGGAGGCCGUGAAGAAGCAGAGUGAGGAUGUGAAGGAAGCCCUGAAGGCAGGAGAAGGCGCAGCGGAAAUACAGGCGCGAUUGCGACCUCGCACAUUCGUCUUCGACUUUUCCACCUCGAGCCUGGACGCAGGUGUCCCAGGGGGCAAGAGCAUGAAGAAGCGCUUGCAGGACUUCCGAGACACAAUCUCAUUCAUCCUGCACUGUGCCACCGAGCAUGACGAGGCAGUGGUGCGCAUCACAUCUCCCGGCGGUGCCGUCAUCGACUAUGGCUACGCCAGCUCGCAGUUGAUGCGGCUUCGCCAGCGCGGGCUGAAGCUGACGGCCUGCGUGGACAUGGUAGCUGCGUCAGGGGGAUACAUGAUGGCUUGCACGGCCGACACGAUCGUAGCCACACCCUUCUCGCUGGUCGGUUCCAUCGGCGUCCUUGCCUCCCUCCCGAACUUCAACAAAGUCUUGCGGAGGUACGAGGUGGACUGGCUUCAGUUUACUGGCGGCCGCUACAAGCGAACUGUGGAUCCAAUGUCCGAGCCGACGGAAGAAGGCAUCGAGAAAAUGAAGCAGGAGAUCAACACGGUCCACGACGCAUUCAAGGGAAUGGUCUUGAAACAGCGCACUCAUCUGGACAUGGAUGAGGUUGCCACAGGCGAAGCAUUCCUCGGAUCCGAGGGGAAGGAGCGGGGCUUGGUCGAUCGCUUGGCCACCAGCGACGAGGUGCUGGAGGAGCGGAUGGAGGUGUCAGACGUUAUCGAGGUGUCUUUGACGGAGAAGAAGAGGGGGUUGCGCGAGCUUCUGGAAGGAAAGAUCGAGGCAGCAGAGAACCUUGUAGUGGACUGCUGGGAGCGCGCCACCGGCCUCGGGCGCAGGGGCGCCGUGGAACUGAAAGAUCCGCAGUUCUGA